GAGAGAGAGAGACUCAGGCAGGGCAGAGCUCAGACUGAAGAAUGAAGCGACCUGCAGACUGACGCACACAACCAGGGACUGCACAAGGAGCACUUUAACAUGAUCUGGAGAGAGCUCCACAGUCGUCCGUUCUGGCGUGCCGUGUUGGCAGAGCUGUUGGGCACCCUGGUGUUAGUGAGUGCUGUUCUGGGCUCGUUGAUGCCGGGGCCCGGGGAGGCCUCUGGGGGCCCUCUGUACCCGGCACUGGCAGUGGGCGUGGCCAUAGUGGCGGUGGCUCACUGUUUUGGAGAGAUCAGCGGUGCUCAGGUGAACCCAGCGGUGACCCUUGCCCUCCUGGCCACUCGCCGCGUGGACUCUCUCAGAGCUGUGUUCUUCAUCUGUGCUCAGUGUGUGGGCGCCUGUCUAGGCACCGGAGCCCUGUACUUGGCUCUUCCACUCAAAACUACAGCAGACCACUUUGUCAAUAAGGUGCCUCUGGAGCUGAACGCGGCUCAGGCUCUGGGUGUGGAGAUCCUCUGCACGUUUCAGAUGGUCUUCACAGUGUUCUCUGCAGAGGACCAGCGCCGCAGGGACAGUCCAGAACCAGGGAACCUCGCUGUGGGGUUUGCCCACACUGCAGGCGUGCUGAUAGGGGCACGUUUCUCUGGAGCCAGCAUGAACCCAGCAAGGACUCUGGGCCCUGCCAUCAUCACUGGCUUCUGGGAGAAUCACUGGGUGUACUGGAUCGGGCCAAUUCUAGGGGCCGUGCUCGCAGGGGUCUCUCAUGAUUUCUUCUUUGCGCCCUCGGCAUCUCGUCAGAAGUUGGUGGCGUGUUUGACAUGUAAAGACAUCGAGAUCGUAGAAACAGCGAGUAUGACCGGCUCCUCACUGUCCACGGUCACACAGAACGCUAUCCGAGCCAAACAAGGUAACAAGACGGACAACUAGGAGUACUAUCUGUAAAACAUCUGGCAACACUUAUGUAGCUGCAGUUUUAGCCUUAAAGGUAAUAUAUUAUGCAGAAUUGACUCUUGUAAGCUUUUAGCCAUAUUACAAUGUAACAUCAUAAACUUACCCGGAGUUGUGUUUUGUUUCAUUCACACAUGUUUGAGUCUAGUCACACAUGUUUGAGGCUAGUCUGUCUAUGUCUCCGUAGCUCAGAAUGCUCUGUUCCACCUUGUGAUGUCAAGAAGAUGUAGUUUUCAAGUCAACAGCUACCUAUUAUCUUUUUUCAGUACAACAAAAGGUAAUUCCAGUGCUGAAAUUAUCCAAACGAUUCUAGUGAAGGUGUAUGGAGUUUAAAAACACAGUGGAGAACUUCCUGUAUCACCACAUAACAUCACAAGGUGGAACAGAGUUUUCUGUUGGAGAGAAGAACCUAAAUAUGCAGGGUUUUUGUGUUAAACAUGUGCGAAUGAAACACAACUCCAGGUCUGUUUGUGAUGAGGAAACAACAUUAACAUAGAUCAGAAAACAGAGUAAUAUGAGCAUGAAUCAAGGCUAAAGAAUAAAUACAUAAUGGAUGAAUGGCUUAGUAACUACUUAAAGGUAAGAGUAAAAGAAAAAAAGAAAAGUCCAGUUGACAGAUUUGAAUUUUUCUUUUACUAUUGGAUCAUACCUGGACGACUGUAGGACACACAAACAUACUUAAAGGUAAGGUACGGUAAUGUAGCAUGUAACUAUCUGGAGGCAGCAUAUCACUUACAUAAUUCUAUGGAAAUAUAAAGUUAGAACAACACAUCAGAACAUUCUGCAUGGAGUUAGAUAUGUUUUAUACCAUACUGUGGAAUAUUAUAGCCAAAGGAAAAACAUUUCCAUGGAAACCAGCUGGAGGAGGCUCCAGCAGAGUAAGAGUCAUGUUUGUGGAGAUGGGCACAUGUGUUUCAGUUUUUCCGUGCAAUAAACAACCAAAAUGAAGAAGAAAAAAAAAUUAUUUUGUUUAAAAAUUACACACUGUGGCGUUAACUAAGGGGUUAGGUGAUUAAGUAGUUACUAAGUCUGAGUUAUUUUAUAUAAUUAAGUAUUUGUUCAUUAUGAAUUGCUGUUUUUGUUCAUGCUUUAUUAAGGCUAAUUAAAGUGUAGUUAUUAUAAAGUAUUACUGUACUACAUCUGCACAUGUUUGACCACAAUGACAAUGAUCAUGAGUGCACACAAAUCCCUGUUGUUAAUGUUCAUAAUUUGUGGUGUGUGGUUGGAUACAGCAGGAUAAUGGCCUUUGUCACUAACAUUAAAGGUGCACUGUGUACCUUCUGGUGUAAGGUACCUCAAGGCUCAAGAAUCUGAAAACAACCAAUCCAUUCCACUCCUUUAUCAUUAUUCACAUUGAUCGAGAAUAUAGUAGUAGAUGCCAAGGUUGUGAAGUCAUCAAACAACAUCUGAUCAGUAUUAUUUUAUUUAUUUAUUUAUUCCCAUAAAGCCAUAUUUUGUGUUUUAAAUAUACUUUUUAUAUACUAUUUUUUGUGUUAUGUGAAUGUGAUCUCAUACAGCCCUUUUGAGUGAUGUCCUCUGAACCACUAUUGCUCCUUUUGCAUUUGCAUGCCAUUGGAAUAUUUAAUGAAGGUUUGAAAGUGUCUGAAAGCAUCUCCUUGCGUCUCCAACACUUUGAAAUGCUAAAAAGGCCUUUAUUCAUAGACCUAAAUGAACACUGCUCUUAUGUCAAUCCAAAUAACAUACUAAGAUGGACCAAUCACCUAAAUGACAAAACAUCUGUGAAAUAGCUUUGUAUUUGAACUGUGAGAUGCUGUAAAUGGAUAAAAUGUAAUAUAAGAAAUGUAGAUUUUGAAUAAAUAAAUGUAUAUUACAUU